AUGUCUUCUUUACUCCCACUCAAGACCCGCAUCUCACCUCCUCUAGGCGCUGGUCCCUCUCUCGCCGAGGGCGGUGAUCACCUUCCUGGCAACCUCACCUCGGCUCUUGAGUAUGCUUCCAAAAGACUCCAGAGGAAAGGAGCAAAAUUCACUCUACUGGUCAUCCGCAAGGACUAUCAGCUUCCGACCUCUCCACUCGGAUCCCCGUCCGCUCAGUCCUUCUCAUGCGGCAGCACCCCUUCCUCCUCGACUUCCAACUCGGUGGCCAGUACCCCAGCCAAGCCCACCUUUGCUCACGCAUUCAAGCAAUUUGUUCGUGGGGACACCGGUCCGAUCAAGGAGAGGGUAAUCAACAUCAACACGGACUACCGCUACGGAGCCACCUCGCCCACAUUUUCAGAAGCCUCCCUCACUUCAGCCUCGACAGCAUCAACAGUCGAUUCCGUCUUCACUAAUCACCGCGGCCGGGUAGGACAAGCACGAUGGCCACUCAGCCCGGGCGCCGCCCAAGCGCCCUCGGUGCCCUUAACGCCUGCAUCCAUCACCUCCUCCAUGGCUGCCGGUGACAACAACAUCAACACCACCUGCCUCCCCAGCGCCGGUCUCCACGCCACCCGCGGCUUCGGCCCCGCCCUCCUGCAAAUCCCCUCACCCACAUCCUCAGAAUUUGGCAUUCGCCUCGUCCAUGCUAUCCCGCUCAGGGAAAAAGAAGACAAGCUCCUCUCCUCCACUCUCGAAAAAGCCGCCAAGAAAUUCAACAUCUCCCCCUCCUCCCUCCCACCACCCAUCCCUGCCUCGACACUUGGCCUGCCGCCCGAGCUUCUCCACCGCUCGCUCGCCCAAAACGAAGUCCUCUUCGGCCCUUCCUCCUCUUCCUCUGGAGCAGCGGGUCUCCGCCUCCUUUCACUUGACCACUUGUACACCUUUCGUUCGGCGCUGCAGUGCUACACCCGGACGGUGAACCACAAGCCAUCAGUGUCAAGGUCAAUUGCGCAUCGCAGGCUGGAAGAUGCCGUGGAUGAGUUGCGAAGGUUGGUGCUGGGGAACGGAUGCCAGAAACUCAAGAAGAGUUGUCUUGUAGGCGCGUAUGCAAGGUUCAUGGACCCGGUUAGUGAUCGUAGCCUGGAGGAGGUGGGGAGGAUGUAUGGAAGAGCGUAUGGAAGAAGGGAUCAUACAGGUGGGCGGGACGUGAGAGAGAUGGGGUGGGUGGAUGAUACAGUUGAACGGGUGGAGGGAGUGGUGGAAGGGGUGUUUGAAUUGAUGGGGGAUAUUGAGAUGCCGCCGCAAGUAACAAAGAAGGAGAAACCGUUACCGGCGGCCCCGGUUUCUGAGAGGUGGGUUGGUCCUUACUAUUAUGGUGGGGACGAAAAGGCGGUUAUGGUAGCAGAGGAGGACAUUGAUCUAGACGAAAUCGACAUGAUGGACGAGAUUGAUCUGGAGAGCAAGUUGGAGAUGGACGACAUCGAGGCUUGGUACCGCAAUGUCCAGAUUGGUGUAGGACAAAUCGGUGUGGGAAGAGAAGUGCGGAUGGUCAACGUCAACGGAGCUCAACAGCAUCGCCAAGUCCAGCCACCACGAGCGGCUGUUCCCAUCUCAACCGUCGACAUCAACGUUGGCGAUGACAUCGACGACAGAACCCCCACCCGCGAAGUCGAGCGCGUUGUUACCGAGAUGCAAGAACUGCACCGCAACACUCCCCGACUCUCUCCAGCACCUCCCGGCCGAUCAGCCAGACCAAAUAUGCUCGCGGGCCUCAAGCUCCAAACCACAUUUGACCCCAAGCCGCCAAAACCAUCCAAGAAGAAGUCACCGCGACACCUUGCUCCCCCCAGCCCAGCCCGCCAGUCUGACCUCGAACUGACCACUCCCAUUCGUGUCCAACGCACGCUCGCCAAGAUGGAACUCGAAGUGGUCAUCCCUCCCACUAAGCCCAAGCGCGGCGGUUUCAUCUACAACAAUCUUUCUCCUCUUGAGAGAUCGCCCAAAUCGCUAUCGCAAACCUCAUCCCCUUCCACCGUUGUCCAAGGCCAACAAUCUCCCCUAUCCGACUUCGACUCUCCAUCAACAGUCAUCAAUUCCAAUUCCACCAAUCAAUCCCCCUCCUCAUCCUCUUCCUCGUCCCCAUCAGAAGAAGAAGAAGAAGAAGAAGAAGAACACACCGCCCGCCCACUCGAUUCUCCCCGUACCGCCCUGACAGCAACAAGAAUCAACAUCUGGCUUCCUCGCUCAUCAGGUAACACACUAGAUGAGAUCUUGCACAAUGGCGGUAGCUCCAGCUCCAGUCACCUUGCGAGCUCAGAUGUCGACGAGUCCGACUCUGACAACGAGAGAUGGGAAGUGUCGCCGGGUGGUGGGCGGUAUAAUCGGCUCGGUAACCGACUGGGUCCGAUGACGCCGAAUGGCUAUGAUGAUAUUAGCCCGAUUACAAGGGGAGAGUGGGGAUUCUUAAUGGAUGUUGGGGGCGCGAGAGGUGUGGGUGGGUUGGCGAGGAGGGCGGGGGUUGAGGCUUGGUGAAUUUUCUUGGACCAUGUGGGUUUGGAGUUUUAUUUUUGAGUGGUUCGAUUAUGCCAAGGGAUAGCGAAGAGGGGAGAGAUGUGGUUCACUGGGGAUGGAUGCUUAUGACUCUUUGGCUUCUUACUCUCGUUCUUUGAUACCAACUUAUGAAUAUCAACUUUUUGUUUCUAAAUCUAAAUGACCAUGGAGCUGGCUUGUUUUGAUCAUGUUGAUUGUGAGCUGCAAGUGUUCAUCGAACUAGGUUGGUUUCUAGUGAUAUGACAAAGGUAUACCCAAUUAU